AAUGCAUAAAAUACAAAACGAGGAAAGUAAAUUUGACAAUACUUCUGAAGGCAACACUUCUAAUUCAGAUGACUCCCAUAUAAAAUUCUUGUUCCGGUCAGCACUGGAUGUAGGCUCUUCAUUCUUAAAGAUCGAGCCUGAUGUUGAAGAUGUCAGUUUUUAUCAGACAAGAGAGGGAACAAUGGUGGGAAAAGUAUACCUCGAAAAUUCAACUCCAGGAGCUCCUGUUGCCUUUUAUGGAUGGUCUUCUCAUUUACUUGAUGUUGAAAUCACUCCAAAUUAUGGAUUUAUCAUGCCAGGAGAGUUUCAAUACGUUGAGUUCGAAUUGCCAACAGAUGAUCCUGAAGAAGUCGGAAAAGGGCUUUAUUUCAUCAAAGCUUUGCCUCUUGCAAAAAACUUUGAUAUGGACGAGCUUGAGGAAAAUAUUGACGAAGUAUUCCAUGAUCACAAUCAAAUGAUUCUAUUUACACUAGCUACUUUAUCUGGUCAAGCAAACCUGGAUCAAAUAGCUGAUGAAGUAGAAUACGAUAACCAUAUCGAUAGAGAAAACAUUAUUUACACAAAAGACUACAAAGAUAAGAUAGAGAAUGAGAAAAGAUUGUAUAACAACAAAAUUUUAGCUUCUAAGCCUAACCAGCAGCAAGAACAAAUAGCCAAGCCAGAAGCUGAUGCCUCUGUGCCUGAAAUUGAAGAAACAAGGUCACAGCCUAGAGAAUCAGAUCUUCUUGGCUUAAAUGAGCCUUCAUCUUCAAAAGAAAUUGAUGUAUUCCAACCGUCAAGGGAUAAAUCUAAUACUUUGACUAACGAUUUCCACCCUACCCCAAAAGACGAAGAAGAAAGUGGAGAGGCUUACCAAAAGGAUAACUAUUCGGACUCAAGCAGCUCAGUAGAUGACACCAAAGAGAUGAGAUAAGACUCAUAAAUUU